UGUGAAAUCUGUUCGGGUCCGUUUAGUUUAAACAAUAGCAGAGAUACUUACUUCAACAAUUCGUGAGCCAAAUACUACUUGAGAUAAAAUAAUAUAAUAAUACAUAAUUAUACCCAUAACAGUGCGUGUUAAAGUUAAACUCAACUAUCUAUCUAUCCAACUAACUAACUAACUUAUCAACCAGCCAGCCAGUCAUUCAGUCAGUCAGUCAACCAAACAAACAACCAAAUAACCAACCUACUUUAUAAUUUAUAAAUCCUAUUUGUAAUUCAUAGUUUAUUAGUAUUUGUUAUUUGCAUUAUCAAUUGUGAUCAAUUUAUAAUAAUUAAAGUUUAAUAUACAAAUGAUUUCGAUUAGAUCUAAAUCAAAAUAACUAUACAAACUAUACACACGUACUCUAACUACUAUAUCGCUCUAAAACAAACACACACACACGUGCGAAUUACUCGUAAAUCAAAUUUAAAAUUCGAUUGCAACAACGACAACGAUAACAAUUCGCAAUUACAAUUACAAUUCGCAUACGUUUCUUUCGUCCGAUAAUUGUGCAUUAAUAAAUAUAAGAAAGUAAAUUCAGUGUGCAAUAAAAUUAAAAAAAAUAUAUAUAUAAAACAAAAAAAUAAAUUAAUAAAAAGCAACAAUAAAGUUGCAAAAAUAAGCAAAUAAUUACAAUCCAUUUGAAGGAAAUAUUAAUUAAUUUGAUUUUAGUUUUUUUGUAUUCAGUUUGUGUCCUGCUUAAAAGCAGGAUUUGUGUUUAAAUUUUAAUUAAAGUGCUUCAAAAUUUAUUCGCCAACGACUUUUGACGCCUCAAGGGCGUUCAAAUUGGAGGAAGAUUUUGUGGGUGGCUGCAUGACCAUGUCGAUGUAUUCAUCGACGGAUAAAAUGAAAAUGUCAGCACCCAGUUGUUUUCCAGGUCGAUAUAGUCCAUCAUAUCGAAGUUCAGAACAAAUGAGGAGAUGUAUGCCAAAUCCUUCGACUCGUUUGUUAGAAGAUGCAUCCCUUUUAUGCAAUUCAUGGUCAGCACGCCAGAAUGGUGAUAUAUUUGCUGGAAUCAAUGAUGGAAUUCUUAGCAGAGCGGAAGCACUUGCGGCAGUUGACAUUGGAAAACAUCAAGCCUCUCAUGUACAUCCUUCACAGAUGACCUCCCAAAUGAAACACGAUGUUAUGUACCAUCAUCACAGUAUGGGCGGACCUCCACAAAGACCGUUACAGAUGCAUCAUUCCAUGGACCAACUGGAUAUGCUGGAUCCAACGGGUUCAAUGACAACACUCGCCCCCAUUUCAGAAACGCCUUUAACACCUACGCACCAACAUUUACAUGGAUCCUACCAUAGUAUGAACCAUAUGAUGAGUCAUCAUCAUCCAAGUAGUUUAAGUGGACAUUCUGCGGGUCACCAUGGUCAUUCUGCAGUACAUCAUCCUGUGAUAACGGCCGCAGUAGCGGCGGCGGGUCUACAUCCGGAUACCGAUACAGAUCCUAGAGAACUUGAAGCCUUUGCCGAGCGAUUUAAACAACGAAGAAUAAAACUAGGAGUCACACAAGCGGAUGUUGGUAAAGCACUAGCGAAUUUAAAGUUACCUGGAGUUGGGGCACUUUCACAAAGUACAAUCUGUCGUUUUGAGAGUCUAACACUGUCGCACAAUAAUAUGAUUGCGCUUAAGCCUAUUUUACAAGCGUGGCUUGAAGAGGCCGAGGCACAGGCGAAAAACAAAAGACGAGAUCCCGAUGCCCCAAGUGUACUUCCUGCUGGCGAAAAGAAAAGAAAAAGGACUUCCAUUGCGGCACCUGAAAAGCGAUCUCUGGAAGCGUACUUUGCCGUACAACCGAGGCCAUCUGGGGAGAAGAUAGCUGCCAUUGCUGAGAAGCUGGACCUUAAGAAGAAUGUGGUGAGAGUCUGGUUCUGCAAUCAGAGACAAAAACAAAAACGUAUUGUUAGUAGCGUUACACCUUCGAUGACUGGACACGGUUCGGCGGGGUUUGGUUACUGAUAGUCGAUGUUUCCUGGAGAGCACUACAUGUAGAGUUAUCAACAACACCUCCCCAACACAAGGACAUGAGCACCCCAAUCAACACCAAGCUAUGAAGACGAUGACAGAGACGCCGACCAAGAUGAAGACGACUGAGAUGAAGACCACUAAGACGAAGAAGAAGACGUUGAGCGAGCGUGAGUGCACUUAUCCUCCUACAUCAACCCCAUUCAUAAUGACAUGGAUUCACACCCUAUUUGCCAACAAUCAAAUGCGAAUAUUUAUGGAACGAUCAAUGCAAACAAUGGACCAACAUAUCAAAUGCAAUAACAUUACUACUAAUGAAAAAUUUUAUAAACUGGACACUACGACAUUCGCCUGUAUAAUAGUAAUACAUACUUCUGAGACCUUCAAGGGAUUCUGAACGUUCUUUAAUUUUAAGAAAACACAACAAUAAUAAAAAUAAUAAUACAUAAUAACACAAUGUCGUGGUAUCUAUGCUUCCUUUAGAUUAUUUACUAUUUAUUAGUUAACUACAUACAAGAAGAAGAAAACAAAACAAAAAAACACAACUGCAUGUUUCGGGCCCAAUAGAAAACAAUUUUCUUUGGAAUGAACUUCAACAAAACAAUUUGAAACGUAUGGAAACGGAAAUGGAAAUGGAAAGAAAAGAAAUGAAAAUAAAUCUAACCAAGCACUUGAAAAUGCAACGAAUUUAAAAUGUUGCCAAACUAUAAGUACAUAAACAAAUAAAUACAUAGAUUAUAUAUAUUUAAAUAAAUGAUUAUUAUAUACAGAUACAUUAGUAAAUGGAUACAUACAUGCACUCAUAUACAUAUAAAUACAUAUGUAUGUAUGUUUGUAUGUAUGUAUGAGUAUAUAGGAUAAUAAUUAUAAUAAUAUUGAUGAUUAAUAUUGUGUGAUGAUCAUCGAUGAUUUUAAUGAACUUUUUACAAAAUAAGACUAGAUUUGUACAGAUUAGAAUUAUACACUUGUAAAUGUAUGUAAACAUUUCAAUAAUAACAAGAAAAAUAAAAUAAAAACAAAUAAACCUAAUAAUAAAUUUAAAAAGAACAAA